AAAUAAAAAGAAAUCUCUCUGAUUCUCUCAACCUUUGAAUAUCUCUGCAUUUUCCUUCUCUGUUUUCUCAGUUUUUUACUUCAAGUGGCCGUUUCUCUCAAUCCAACAAGGUGGCAAAAGAGGAAAAAUCCUUCGUUUUUCUCUCUCUUCAAAUAAUAGUUAUAAUUCAAUGGCGGCCUUUCAUUUUAUUGUCCUCUUCCUUAUUCUCAGCUUCCUUUAUCUUCUCUCUCUUUUCUGAUCCCGUUUUUUUCACCGACGUUCUUUCACUAACCCUAUCUUUGUAAAUCCUUUUCCCCUUUUGAAACUUGGGUUUUUUCUGUUUGGUAGUCCGAACCCAGAGAGCAAGAGAAAAAAGGGUCUUUUUUUUUUAUAAGGCAAAGCUCUGACCAUGGAAGAGUCAGGGCAGUUAAAAAGGGCCUUACUGGAUGCCUCCGCCGGUGCUAUUUCUGGUGGCAUUUCUCGGACUGUUACUUCUCCCCUUGAUGUUAUUAAGAUCAGAUUUCAGGUUCAAUUGGAGCCCACAUCUUCAUGGGCUUUGCUUCGCAAAGAUCUUUCGGGAUCAUCAAAAUACACUGGAAUGUUUCAGGCAACAAAGGAUAUAUUCAGGGAAGAAGGUUUAGCGGGUUUUUGGCGUGGUAAUGUCCCAGCUUUACUUAUGGUUAUGCCUUAUACUGCCAUACAAUUUGCAGUGUUGCACAAAUUGAAAACAUUUGUUUCUGGUUCUUCCAAGACAGCGGAUCACCUUAAUAUAAGCCCCUACCUGUCUUACGUCAGUGGGGCAUUAGCAGGUUGUGCAGCUACUGUUGGAUCUUAUCCUUUUGAUCUUCUACGGACUAUAUUAGCUUCACAAGGUGAACCUAAGGUAUACCCCAACAUGAGAUCAGCACUCUUUGAUAUAACUAGAACUCGUGGCGUCAGAGGAUUGUAUGCUGGUUUGUCACCAACACUGGUUGAGAUCAUUCCUUAUGCUGGCUUGCAGUUUGGCACAUAUGAUACAUUUAAGCGGUGGACCAUGGCUUGGAAUCAGAUAAGUUUGUCUAAUACAAACUCAACCAUGGAUGAUAGCCUUUCAAGUUUUCAACUUUUCAUUUGUGGGUUAGCAGCUGGUACUUGUGCGAAACUCGUCUGUCAUCCACUUGAUGUAGUCAAAAAAAGGUUCCAGAUUGAAGGACUACAGAGGCACCCAAAGUAUGGAGCUCAAGUAGAAGAUCAUGCUUAUAGGAACAUGUUUGAUGCCUUACGUCGAAUCUGGCAAUCAGAAGGUUGGCAUGGUUUUUAUAAGGGAAUUGUUCCAUCAACAAUCAAAGCUGCACCUGCCGGUGCUGUAACAUUUGUGGCUUAUGAGUUUACGUCAGAUUUGUUAGAGUCCAUUUUGACUUGAACCUAACCUAGAUUUUCACUUAUGUUUCCCUUCUCUUCAAUUAGAAAAUUCAUUCUUUUUCCCUGGAUAGGAGGAUAAGAAAGGGGUUAUCCUAUUCUUACAUUCAAUUUCAUCAUUAUUUACAGGCACUAAGAUGUAGAGCAGAGUAAAUUUUUGUAGCACUUUAUAAAAUGAAGGGAAUCGCAUUGGAUAUUCAUUGGUCUCUGCAGCAGUUAUGGAACCACUGAAUUUCCAGAGUGUUGCAGAUCCUGUACUGUGUGGUAAUGGUAUAUCAAUUUUGCAUGAUCUUAGCAAAAGCUUUAACCUUGAACUUUUUUGGCAUCAGCCCCUCGCCUGCGGCCUAUAAACU